UGAUGCAUAGCAAUCGGUGUCUGUUUUACCCAGUCUGCCUAGCCGCCCUGGAAUGAAGCGAUCUCCGGGCUGAAUCGCCGGUUGACCACAAGGCCAAGAGGACGGGAGACUCGCCGCAUGACGUGGCCUGGAUUCUCGCAAGACGCAAGGAGAUGAGGCUUUGUCAAGUCCAAACCUACAUCUCACGAUUCAUGAACCCACGACAGAGAUCGGCUAUAGAAUUGCAUGGUCCUCCCAACCGUGAACGUAAGAUUAAGCAUCAAGCCUGAGAGGAAAGUCGACGAGCUUCUGCCCCGCAUUCCCCCGCACUCACCCCUGACCUGAUCACCGCUCGCCAUCCAGAGAGAGAGAGAGAGGCCCCCAGCCCGCGAUGCCUUCCUUUUUCAAGAGGUCCUCCAAGGCCAAGGAAAAGGAGGCCGAGGAAGAGAACGCCAAGGCAGAUCGCCCAGCAACUCCACCUCCCGCCUAUGGCGCCGCACCAGACGAGCCUCCGCCAUUCGACGACCAGCCACCACCAUUCGAUGCUAACGGCGGGUCCAACGGGAACAAGCCCUACACCGAGCAGGAUGUCGCCAAUCUCACGAGCGCCUUCAGCUCGCUACGCCUCGGUACUCAGCGAGAUCCCGACGUUGACUCCUGUCUCGCGCACCUGAAGCUUCUCUAUGCCAUUGAGACGCUAAAGGAAGAUGUCGGCUACAGCGAUGGCCUGUGGGACUUGUGGGAUUCGCGGGCCGGCCCCAAGGAUAGUGACGAAGGUUCCAGCAAGGGAGGUGAGGAUCGGGUGAAGGAAGUGCUAUCGAUGUUGCGCGAGAAGAGGUGGGCGGUCUACUUGGCGCGGGCAGCAGAUCGGUAUCAGACUUGGUGGAAGACGAUCUCGGGAGGUCGCUUGCGUGAAGCCGAGAUGAAGGAUUUCGACAAGUUCUCCGACAAGUACUUGAGUUUCCCUGAAGGGGGUGAAGACUAUCCAUGGACAGUGGAUAACCUGCCACCACUAGAUGUCUUGAUGAUUUUUCAUGCGCACAUGCUGAAUCCCAGAGCCUUUCUGGAGGACACUAUGCGCUGGAAUCUCCGCGAAUUCUGGACGACUGGGAUGCCAUGGGCCCAAGUCAAUCAAGUCAUUGACUCCAAGUUCAACUAUGAGGUUUCCCAUCUGGCCAAAUUGAACUGGGAGAAGGCGACUGGAAGGGCAUGGAACAACCUUGACGAACCACUAGAGAAGGAAAUUGAAUGUCCUGCAUGCAAGCAGGCUACUCUUGUUCCUUGGAGCACAUGCGGCUUACCAGAGCUGUACAAGGGUGAAGAGCGGCCAGGUUUGGUUGGGCAAGGACUCGGCGAUGGAGAGUUUUCUCACUUAUGCACAGCAGGCUGCAACACCAUCAUCACGCACCGUCUACUCUGCGUUGCCAAGCUGAUCAAUGAUGCGGAGCUCUAUCUCAACGAGGGCAUCACCCUCCCUAGCACCCUCCUUGACCCAAAGGUUGGCAUGCCAGUGGUCACCGACGUAAAGCUCAAACACGUUACGUUUCCCAACAGACUGAUUGGGCAAGGUAUUUCCGAGGAGCUGCUACGACUCAUCGAUCCCGGUCAAGCAAAGACGCCGACGAUGAAGGAUGUACGAGACCUGGUCUCUGCUGCACUGGCCGAUGAUGAUGCCUUUGCGAGAAUACAGGGGGUGAGGCCAGCCCCGUACAGCAAGAAGGACUUGUCAGGCGGUAGGUUGAUCACGCGAACGGAACGUUUCCAGAGCAGCAAGAUGAUGUCUAGAUACUGGGAGAAUACCUCCAUCUUCGCGCUCGACCUUGUUGGAGCGACGAUGCGCCAGGGGGUGUUCAUUGGCAAGAUGUUCAACAUUGAUUGGCUGCACAGUCCUAAUGCGCGUGGUACCAUGGACCGACUUAUUCAAAAGUACCAGCGCUUCAUGCUCAUCAUGACCGAGUACCCCUUGUCUCUGACAGUACCUACGCUGGAUGUGGACCUCGCAUGGCAUACUCACCAGUUGGCCCCUGGAGCUUACUACAAGUUCUCGACAUAUAACAGUGCCAUGAGUACCAGCAAAGAGGCCAAGUUCAUCGACCACAACGACAAGAUUGACGAAGACCAACUUUCCAACUCGUUCGAGUUGACGAGCAAGACGUAUUUGGAGAAGUUCAACGAGGUCUACUCGGAAUGCACAUGCUGGUACUGCGAAGCCGUACGUGCAAAGAUUACAAUCGACAGCUCCUCGGUCUUUGGCAAAAGCAAGCCGCAAAAAGCCAUCGACAGCUUCGAUAAAGUAACAGCCACGCAAGUCUGCACUCCUUCCAACUCAAUCCACAUCUCCGCCCAUAACUCCGUUCGCACAGACGGGUCUGCUACUCACAACAUAGCGCAUCGCCAACUCCGCGCAGCCUGGAGAAUGCGUCUCGAUGACGCCUACGAGCGCGCAAAGAAACGCGCAGCUAAACGAGGAAAGACGCUGCCGCCAAAGGAGGAGUUUUAUAACAACUGGGGCAAAUUUCACCAUAGAGACAGUCCCUACAACUACCCCGCGUACCUUAUCGGUGGGAUCUAUCCUGCUGGGAACCCCGGUGUCAUUCAUGGGUCUUGGGCCGACUGCGCUCAGGGGCUUUGCGGCUCGAAUGAUAUUGCUGCUGGGGGAUGUGGCGGCGCUGGUGGGUGCACCAACAUGGCUGGGUACUGGUCCGGAACAAGUCGUCAAGUUGGGGGCUGCGCUCAUGGAGCGGGAGUGGUUGGCCUGGGUUCGAGUGGAGGAUGCGGCGGCGGCGGCGGUGGCGGCGGAUGUGGUGGUGGUGGCGGUUAAGUCAGACCUUGCAC